CUAUUAUAAAAACAAUGUUUGCUUUACGAAAUUAUGUUAUUUUAUUAUUUUGACGGGCACACGUCAAAUAUGCUGUUCUUUCUUCUAAAAUCUCGAACAUUUCCUUUAAUUUUCCAUUUCAGGAAGAACUUCACCUCGAAGAAUAUAAUAGAAUUCGAAAAAUAUCACUAUAUGGCUCAGUAUUAUUACUAUUAUUAAUUUAUUUUAAUUUCUUUAGUCCGCCUCAAAGCUACUAACAACUCCGGAUGUUGAUAGCGGUAGUCUGCGGUUGCUGAGCAACAGUGUUGGCGUCCAGCAGACUUGUGCUUAAGUGAUAUAUUUCCAGGCAGGUCUGCUGGGUUACUGCACUGCUAACGUUAAUCCCCCUUACUGCAGGUAAUAAACGGUUCCAGUCAUCAGAAGCACUGGAAAAUGAGCUGGCAACAGGAUGAACCCAAAGUAAUGGAUGAGGAGAUGCUACAACAAGCAAUUGUUGAACAGGGACCUCAAGGGCAAGCUGGAAAAAUAGCCAAGAAAGAGGGCAUCCAGUAUGAGGAGGUGCUUCAGCUGCGACUGGACUUCAGGAACAUCCUGAAGAUUUACCACCUGUGGCAUUUCACCUCUCUAACAAAACUUCAGCUGGAUAAUAACGUUAUUGAGAAGAUUGAAGGGUUAGAAAACCUCACUAAUCUGGUCUGGCUGGAUCUGUCAUUCAAUAAUAUUGAAGUGAUUGAAGGACUGGACUCUCUUGUGAAACUUCAGGACUUGAGUUUGUUCAACAACCGCAUUUCUGUCAUUGAAAAACUGGAUACGCUGCAGAAUCUGCACGUCCUCUCUAUUGGAAACAACGCCAUUGCUCAACUGGAUAAUGUGAUAUACCUCAGAAAGUUUAAGAAAUUACGCACUCUCAACCUCGCGGGAAAUCCCAUCUGUGAUGAAGAGAACUAUAAGAUAUUUGUGACGGCAUAUCUUCCAGACUUGGUUUAUCUGGACUACAGGCUGCUGGAUGAACAAACGCGUGAAGCUGCCUUUGCAAAGUAUCAGUAUGCUGUUGAAGAAAUGCAACACAAUGAGCUCCAGGAGCAGCAGGCAAUAGAAGCUCAGAAGAUCAGCAAUGAGGAGCUUCAGCUGCACAAGGACGCAUUCGUGGAGUUCUUGAAUGGACCUCAGCUUUUCAACAGCAUGUUUAGUGAUGAUCCUGAUGCAGAGAAACUGGCUCUCCUCCCUGGAAUGGAAGCAUUGCUGGAGAUAUUUAAGAGCAAAAUGGAAGCUCUGUGUGUGCAGAUAUUUGAUGCUGGUUUGACUCAGCAUACUCGGAGAACGGCUGAGGUGGAAUCCUUUUUUACCUGUUCCCGUGAGGCGAUGGCUUACAAUCAGCACAAAGCUGCACAAAUCGCAGCUGACUUUGAAAACACCAGGAGGCAGAAGAUUGUGGAAAUGCAAGAGAUCGCAGAUGCCGAGCUACUUGAAGCUCACAUCACUUCCUGCCAUGAACAGGCCGACCAGCUCUCUGAAACCCUCAUGAGUCUUGAACUACAGCUUGUGGACCAACUGGAGGACAUCUUCAAAGACUUUGAGAGGAACAUCUCAGACAUGGUUGGAGGGUUCAUUGAAUAUGUGCAAGGGAUAUUCGCACUGUGUCGAGACCUGGAGAACCAGCACCAUGAGCAACAGCUUGAGAUUGCCUUGGCAACACUGGAAAAGGUGGUCAAAAAUGAGCUAGAGGAGGAAAUACCAGAUGAUGUUGCAAUGCUCUUGGUGGAUAAAGACACAGUGACCAAUGCAGUCAGUGCUUCUCAUGACACCCACAUGCAGAAGAUUGAUAACAGGGAGGAUGAGCUACUGACAAGGAUCAACAGUUGGAUGGGCGGCCUGCUGAAAUCGAUAAACAAUGACGAAGUGAAGAGGAAUCGCAAGCGCAUCUCGGAGAUCCAAAACUACAUUAGUUUUGUAAAGGAUGAGCUAAAUGAAAUGGCAUUGUCUGAACACCGUUAAAACGUUUAAUUAAAACUGUAAGAUCCAGACAAAAUUAUUGUAAACAAAUUUUGCUAAUUAUGUUGUUAAAUGUUGAUAAGUAUGUAGCUGUAUUAUUUUUGUUUAUUAAAUUUUGAGAUGCAUCAGUUUUACAA